AUGGCUAACAAAUUAAACUCACACCAGAGUUAUCCAAUUAAACUUGUUAUUGUGGGAGAUGGAACAGUAGGGAAAACGUGCGCAUUAAUAUCUUAUACAACAAAUACGUUUCCAGAAGAAUAUGUUCCAACAGUAUUUGAUAAUUAUACAUCAAAUAUUUUAGUAGAUGGAGUAAAAAUUUCGCUUGGUUUAUGGGACACAGCUGGUCAGGAAGAUUAUGAUCGUUUAAGACCAUUAUCAUACCCGCAGACUGACGUAUUCGUAUUGUGUUUCAGUGUUGUUAGUCCAACAUCAUUCACAAAUAUAACAAAUAAAUGGAUACCUGAAAUAAGACAUCAUUGUCCCGAUACACCUGUAUUACUUUGUGGAACAAAAAUCGAUUUAAGGGAGGAUAAAGAAGAUUUACAAAAACAAAGUUUAACAGCAAUCAAACGAGAACAAGGACAACGUUUAGGAAAAAAAAUUCGUGCCUUCAAAUAUGUAGAAUGUUCAGCUCUUACUCAGAAGGGAUUGAAACAGGUGUUCGAUGACGCUGUGCGCGCUGUUUUGUCACCAAAAAAUGCUAAAACAAGAAAAUCGAAUUGUGUAUUUCUCUGA